AUGCCGCAAAGAAGAGGAGCUAAGUGUACUCGCACCGCUAGGUUCAGAGCUGAUGCUCGUGAAGUUGUAGAUGAACAGGGUGCUGCAGGGAAUGUUCAGGCAGAGGGUGUGCAGCCUGUAGCCCUACAGUUUGAUCAGGCUGCGCUCAUGCAGAUGGUUCAGCAGGUAGCUACCCAGGCUGCUCAGGCUGCUAUUCAGCAUAUCCCACCGCAGCAGAUCCCACCGCAGCAGAUCCCACUGCAGCAGAUUCCACUUCAGGUUCCUGUGCAAGGGGUUCCAGGACAGCAACUCCCUCAGGGUUUGCAACAACCACCACCACCUCCACCUUUACCGGUUUACCGUGUUUAUGAUGAGAGGUUUUAUAGACUCACGAGUCAGAUGCGGAACAUGGAUAUGGAGCAUUUUGGGGGAACGGUGGAUGCUACAGUUGCACAUGAUUGGAAGCUUAGUCUGCAACGAAAAUUGGAGAUUAUUGAGUGCCCACCAGAGGUUUCCCUUAGGUUGGCUAUGCAGUACCUACGUGGAGAUGCACUUGUGUGA